AUAUCCUGUCGGAUAACGCGUGAAGGGUUUUGGGGUCAGGGUUAGGGUUUUGGCGAAACCCUUAGGGAAAUGAUCGAGAAACCAUGUGUGCGUGGGCUCAUCCAUCUCCGAUUGCAUCAAGGUUAAGAAUUCCCCCUUCGAUCGAUCGCCUUCCAUCUGCAAGUCUUGCAUUCUUCAUUCCUUCCCCCGUAAGUUCUUCUCUUCCGCGGAUUUCCUGGAGGUCCGGUUUCUCUUUGAAUCCGAGGCGGUUCCGGAAGUUGCGUAUAUGGUUUUCCGCCGCCUCCAAUGGCCCGAAUCCGCCAGCCUUCGUGGAAGGGCCAGCCGUGGACGAAGCACGGGAGGCCGUCAUGGAGAUGCUGCAAGAAUUCGGAGCUUCGGAAGGGGACUCGACGGUUAUCGCUUCGAAUUCUCCCAAGUAUAUAGAGAUGCUCGUGGGUAACGUUCGAGAAUUGGAUGAGCACGGUCUAUGGAGUUCAUGGAAUGCCGAGAUGGAAGAAGAAAGGGUGGACUUUAUUAGUCUUAGUUUUAAGAAGAAUGUGUACCGCAUGGCGAAGAGUAAAGGAGAUGGCGGGAUACUACCCCUUUUGGAAAGCAUUGGUCUCAAGCUCUCCUCUGCCAUGCUUAUUGCCAGGUAUCUGUCUUCGGAACGGCUUCCCGAGCUAAUCGAAAAGGUAAAAUUUGUGAAGGAAAUGCUAUUUUCAAACAGUGGUUAUGAGGUUGUCGUAGGAAGAAAUGCAAAACGCAUGAUGAUGCACCUAUCAAUUUUUAUAGAUGAGGAUAUUCAGAGUACUUUAUCAUUUUUCGAAAAAAUGGAGGCAAGACAUGGUGUUUUGAACAUGAUAGCAUAUGAAGAUGCCUCAUUUCCAUACAUGAUUGAAUCAUUUCCAAGGCUUCUUUUGUGCUCAACAGAAAACCAUUUGAAACCAUUGGUUGGUUUUCUUGAACUAGUUGGAGUGUCUAAAGCAAGGAUUUCUGCUAUACUUUUAUCAUUUCCUCCCAUCAUUUUCUACGAUAUUGAGAAAGAAAUGAAGCCAAGAAUUCGUGCCCUGGAGAAGGCAGGUGUCAGAGACAAGGAUAUUGGUAGGAUGCUAUUAAAAUAUCCAUGGAUUCUUUCAUCAAGCAUUCAAAGGAAUUAUGCAAAUAUACUUGCAUUCUUCAAUGAAAGAAAGGUUCCAAAGUCUAGUGUGGAUCUUGCCAUCAAAAGUUGGCCCCAUUUGUUAGGAUGUUCAAUUCAGAAGUUGAAGCUAAUUGUGGAGCAACUUAAUCAAUUAGGUGUUAAUAAGAAAAUGCUGGUCCCAGUAAUCACUUCAAGUCCACAGCUGCUACUGAAAAAACCAAAUGAGUUUCUGGAGGUGGUUUCUUAUAUGGAGGAAGUUGGUUUUGAUGGAAAAACCAUAGGGAGGAUCUUAUGUCGCUGCCCAGAAAUAUUUGCCGCUAGUGUCGACAACACCCUCAGGAAGAAAGUCAAAUUCCUCACUGAUUUUGGCAUCUCGAAGGGCUGUCUUCCUCGGGUUAUUAGAAAAUAUCCAGAGCUGCUUCUGUUAGACAUCAAUAACACAUUAAUGCCAAGAAUGAGGUAUUUGAUGGGAAUUGGGCUGUCUAAGAGGGAGGUUUGCUCCAUGAUCUGUAAAUUUUCUCCUCUUUUGGGCUACAGCAUCGAGAUUGUUUUGAAUCCAAAGCUCGAAUUCUUCUUGAGCACCAUGAAGAAGCCCCUGAAGGAACUUGUGGAAUAUCCAAGGUAUUUCAGUUAUUCUCUGGACAAGAAAAUAAAGCCCAGAUUCUGGAUACUCAAGACCAGAAAUGUUGAGUGCAGUUUGAAAGAUAUGUUAGCAAAGAAUGAUGAAGACUUUGCGGCAGAGUACAUGGGUAUCGGGAGACUGCUUGUGGUGCCUUCUCCUGUUCCAAAAGGAGGGGAAAACUAGUUUGGCAGCACAUAUUCAUUUACCCAGCUGAAAUUGACAGGGCUGGUCUCAUGUCGUACCAGGUAUUCUAUGAUCGACGCACAGCAAUACCAAUAUGAAAUGACCGCGAAGCUGGCAGUGGUGGUGCGAUAAGAUACCAAAUGAUACUAAAUUACCAUCAGGCAUUGAUCUUCGCUGAAUCCAUCAUUGUGGCUAAUUGAGGUGGGACACCUGCAGAUGAUGCUGGACGACAAAGACAAUUUUAUCAUAGGUACAAUACAAUUUUAUCAAUUUUACUCUUUCCUUGAAGAGGUGCGGUGGUAUGUCACUUGUGCUUGUACUGCUUAGCCCAAAAGAGGAGAAUUUUAUCAAAAGGUUUUCUUAUCUCAGGUUCCAAAGUCUAGUGUGGAUCUUGCCAUCAAAAGUUGGCCCCAUUUGUUAGGAUGUUCAAUUCAGAAGAUGAAGCUAAUUGUGGAAUAGCUUAAUCAAUUAGGUGUUAAUAAGAAAAUGCUGGUCCCAGUAAUCAUCCUCCUAAUGGAUCAUCAGAAAGUUUUACUGCAUGUAUUACAAUUCUUCUCAUGUUCCAAAUUUUAGAUGUUGCAUAUAAAACAACUCUGAAUAUAUGUAUAAAUUUUUUUUCCGUUUA